AUGGAAACAGACUCCGCCCAUAAUUUGACCACACCCAGUGUGUCAACAUUCCACCACAACUUCACAAACUCAUCAUGUGACUUCAACUCUCUCACAUCCUCCCAGUACCAGAAAAAAGUGAUCCCGACAUUGUACAGCCUCAUCUUCCUACUGGGUUUCUUUGGGAACUUGCUGGUGGUGUGUGUGUUAUCUCACAGCUCGGGCCGAAGGACCGUAGCUAACACGUAUCUGGUGAACCUUGCCAUGUCAGACUUGCUAUUCCUGACCUCUUUGCCGUUCUGGGCUGUAUAUUACUCUAUGGACUAUAACUGGGUUUUUGGGUGGAUUAUGUGCAAGCUGUGUGGUGGUCUGUUAACCAUAAACGUCUAUGCUAGUAUAUUCUUCAUCACUUGUAUGAGCGUGGAUAGGUAUCACGCUAUCGUCUACCCGCUGGACUCUCAGAGCAGCAGAAGUGUGAACCGGGCCAGGUACGUGAGCGCCGUCAUUUGGGUCGUGGCAGCUCUGACUACGGUGCCCACGGUUGUGUUUCGUGACAUACACACUUUUCCUGAUACCAAUGUCACGGCUUGUGUCAUUUUUUACCCCAGCGCUUUUUGGCACAACGGGUUUAUUCUUGCGAAGAACACCCUCGGGUUCUUGCUCCCGUUUGUCGUCAUAGCAACCUGCUACAGCCGUAUCGCCGUGCAACUGAUGGCCACCCCGAACCACCUGGAGCAAGACUCUGCACGAUUGGUCCACGUCUUGCGCAUGGUGGCCGCUGUGGUACUGGCCUUUUUCUUCUGCUGGUUCCCGUUCCAUGUGUUGGCGUUCCUUGGAGUUCUGGGAGAGCUGUGGGUGAAUUGGGAUUGCUGGGUGCUCCAAGCCAUCAAUAAACUACUGCCAUUCUUCCUUUGCCUUGGCUUUUCCAACUCUGCCAUCAAUCCUUUCCUCUACUGCUUCGUGGGAAAUCACUUCCGCGAAAGGCUGUGGCAUAUUUAUGGGGAGAGGCUGACACAGAAAAGAGAUUCUAUUAGCACACGACUCUCAUCCUUCUCCAGGAAACUGAGCGACCUCAAAGAAACCGUGCCUAUGGAGAUCCUGGAGUAG